AUGACCCACAGGGACAAAGCAGGUCCUGUUUGUAGCCUGAAGUUUGUGACUCUGCUGCUUGUCUUAAAUCCAGAAGUCCUACUCCUGGGAACCGGAGUACAGCUUCAAGACAAUGGGUAUGAUGGAUUACUUGUUGCAAUUAAUCCUCAGGUAACCGAGGAUCAGAAUCUCAUCUCAAACAUUAAGGAAAUGAUAACUGAAGCUUCAUUUUACCUAUUCAAUGCUACCAAGAGAAGAGUGUUUUUUAGAAAUAUAAAGAUUUUAAUACCUGCCGCAUGGAAAGCUAAUAAUUACAGCAAAGUAAAACAAGAAUCAUAUGAAAAGGCAAAUGUCAUAGUGACUGACUGGUAUGGGACACAUGGAGAUGACCCAUACACCCUACAAUACAGAGGGUGUGGAAAAGAGGGAAAAUACAUCCAUUUCACACCUAACUUCCUACUGAAUGAUAACUUAACAGCUGGCUAUGGAUCACGAGGCAGAGUGUUUGUCCAUGAAUGGGCCCAUCUUCGCUGGGGUGUGUUUGAUGAAUAUAACAAUGACAAACCUUUGUACAUAAAUGGGCGAAAUGAAAUUAAAGUAACAAGGUGUUCAUCUGAUGUUGCAGGUGUUUUUGUGUGUGAAAAGGGCCCUUGCCCCCAAGAAAACUGUUUUAUUAGUAAGCUUUUCAAAGAAGGAUGCAUGUUUAUCUACAAUAGUACUCAAAAGGCAACUGCAUCAAUAAUGUUCAUGCAAAGUUUAUCUUCUGUAGUUGAAUUCUGUAAUGCAAGUACCCACAACCAAGAAGCUCCAAACCUACAGAACCAAAUGUGCAGCCUCAGAAGUGCAUGGGAUGUAAUCACAGACUCUGCUGACUUUAACCACAGCUUUCCCAUGAACGGGACUGAGCUUCCCCCUCUUCCCACAUUCUUCCUUGUACAAGCUGGUGACAAAGUGGUCUGUUUAGUGCUGGAUGUGUCCAGUAAGAUGGUAGAGGCUGAUAGACUCCUUCGACUGCAACAAGCAGCAGAAUUUUACUUGAUGCAGAUUGUUGAAAUUCAUACCUUUGUGGGCAUUGCCAGUUUUAAUAGCAAAGGAGAGAUCAGAGCCGAGCUACACCAAAUUAACAAUGAUGAUGUCCGAAAGCUGCUGGUUUCAUAUCUGCCUACCACUGUGUCCACCGAAGCAGAAACCAGCAUCUGCUCAGGGCUUAAGAAAGGAUUUGAGGUGGUUGAAAAACUGAAUGGAAAAGCUUACGGCUCUGUGAUGAUAUUAGUGACUAGUGGAGAUGACGAGCAUAUCGGCAACUGCUUACUCACUGCACUCAGCAGUGGUGCAACCAUUCAUUCCAUUGCCCUGGGUUCAUCUGCAGUGGGAAACCUGGAGGAAUUAUCACAUCUUACAGGAGGUUUAAAGUUCUUUGUUCCAGAUAAACCAAAUUCCAAUAGUUUGAUUGAUGCUUUCAGUAGAAUUUCCUCUGGAACUGGAGACAUUUUUCAACAACGUAUUCAGCUUGAAAGUAUGGGUGAAAAUGUUAAGUCUCACCAUCAAUUAAAAAACUCUGUGACUGUGGACAACAGUGUGGGCAAUGACACUGUCUUUCUAGUCACAUGGCAGACCAGUGAUCCUCCUGAGAUUGUAUUAUUUGAUCCUAAUGGAAGAAAAUACUACACAAGUGAUUUUACCACCAAUCUAGCUUUUCGGACAGCUAGGCUUUGGAUUCCAGGAACUGCUAAGCCUGGGCACUGGACUUACAUGCUGAACAAUACCCACCAUUCUCUGCAAGCCCUGAAAGUGACAGUGACGUCUCGCGCUUCCAGCUCAGCUGUGUCCCCAGCCACUGUGGAGGCCUUUGUGGAAAGAGACAGCACCCAUUUUCCUAAUCCUGUAAUGAUUUAUGCAAAUGUGAGAAAGGGGUCUUAUCCCAUUCUUAAUGCCACUGUGACUGCUACAAUUGAGCCAGAGACUGGAGAUCCUGUUAAGCUGAAACUUUUUGAUGAUGGAGCAGGUGCUGAUGUCAUAAAAAAUGAUGGAAUUUAUUCGAGGUAUUUUUUCUCCUUUGCUGUAAAUGGUAGAUAUAGCUUGAAAGUACGUGUCAAUCACUCUCCCAGCAUAAGCACCCUAGCCCACUCUAUUCCAGGGAGUCAUGCUAUGUAUGUACCAGGUUACAUAGCAAACGGUAAUAUUCAGAUGAAUGCCCCAAGGAAAUUACUGGGCAGAAGUGAGGAGGAACAGAAGUGGGGCUUUAGCCGAAUAAGCUCUGGGGGCUCAUUUUCAGUGUUGGGAGUUCCAACUGGUCCGCAUCCUGAUGUGUUUCCACCAUGCAAAAUUAUUGACCUGGAAGCUGUAAAAGUGGAAGAGGAGGUGACUCUAUCUUGGACAGCACCUGGAGAAGACUUUGAUCAGGGCCAGGCUACAAGCUAUGAAAUAAGAAUGAGUAAAAGUCUACAGAAUAUCCAGGAUAACUUUAACAAUGCCAUUUUAGUGAAUACAUCAAAGCUAAAUCCUCAGCAAACUGGCACCAGGGAGAUAUUUACAUUCUCACCCAAACUUUUCACAAGUGGACCUGAACAUCAACCUGCUGUAGAGAUACAAGAAAGCCACAGAAUUUAUGUGGCAAUACGAGCAAUGGAUAGGAACUCCUUAAAGUCUGCUGUAUCUAACAUUGCCCAGGCAUCUCUGUUUAUUCACCCAAAUUCUGCUCCCAUCCUUGCCAGAGAUCACCUUAUAUUGAAAGGAGUUUUAACAGCAAUGGGUUUGAUAGGAAUCAUUUGUCUUAUUAUAGUUGCAACACAUUGUACUUUAAACAAGAAAAAGAGAGUAGACAAGAAAGAAUGGAACAAAAUUAGUAUGAACAAACGUACAGAGUACCUUCCCUCUUAGAUAUGUGACGAGGUAGAUUGAUUUAGCUUAUGCCAUUUUUACUGUUCUUGUUUGAAAGCCCCCCAACACCUGUGGUGAAAAUUGAAGGUUAAAAAUUGUCCUGUGCUUGGAAAAAUUUUAAGUUCUGCCUGCCUUUGCUAUUUCCCUCCUAUGCUGUCCCUGACUGAUAACACCAAGAACUGUAUCUGGAUGUAUCUAGACAACCUAAGGAGGAAACUACCCUGUGAAAGUUUUUGCCGUCCCUGAGCAAUUAACUGGCUUCUUUCAGCUUCUGUUAUUAGCUUGCGCUAGGCCUCCCCAAAUGCCCUCCUCAUGCCAGGAGUGUAUGUAUGUAUCUAUGUAUGUAUGUGUGUAACUAUAUGAUAACUGUAAGUAUGUGACUAUAUGAUUUUUUGCCUGUGAGACUAUGUGCCUUUAAAAGACCCCUUUAACUUAAACUCAGGGCUGCUUCCUUCCAAGGCUUUCUUGGAGGAACAGUUGCCGGCCGGCCAA